AUGCAGAUACCUAAAUCGUUUGAAGCGAAUGGUAAAAAACAAAGCAAGGGUAGAAGGAUCUAUUGCUAAUGCGUAUAUUGUGAGAGAAGCAUCUCAUUUUUGUUCGCAUUACUUUGAAGAUUAUGUUUACACUCGACUACACAGUGUACCGCGUAAUGAUGAAGGAGAUGUUCCUGCAGCCAUCGAAAGCAACCUAAGCAUUUUCCAAAGCGCAGGACGCUUAAGCGGUAAGACGAAAAAGCGAAGGCUUUCUGAUGAUGAGUUAAAGGCGCUGCAUCAUUACCUUAUGCUAAAUAGUGUCGAGAUUGAACCAUUCAUUGAGAAAUAUGUCGAUUCAUUACGUGACUCAAAUCCUGACAUUACUGAUGAGGCUUUACUGUUGCAAAUGGAAGAAAGUUUUGCAUCAUGGAUGCACAAUGAUGAGAGCAUGGACUCAGACGAGUCGAUAGAGCACGAGCAUGACGAUGCUAUGAACCUUGGACCGAGCGUAGCGUACUUUGAUCGCUCUGGCAGUGUCGUCUUCACGGAAGAGGGAGCUCGGAUCAUUUGUUCCACAUUCCAGCAAAGGCUCGAUCCAACAGGGGGUAGUUGGAAGAGCCAAAGCGACACGACUGUGGACUUUUACUGGAGAGAGUUUAAGAAACAUGCCACUUGGGACCCUCGCAUUGAUGAUAGCGUUAUGUUCCGUGCUUGGCAAUCGAAGGCUAGAAGACGAUACACCGACUGGCUCUCAUCUAUUAGGAAUGAGAAGAAAGGAACAGAGAAGGUGCAGCCACUUGUACCGCAAUCGUGGAAGGAGUAUUGGAAGUCACCAAAGUUCUUGGCAUCCUCCAAGCAAAACAAGAAAAAUCGGCGUGGCGGUGACGAGAAUGCCCCUGCUAGCGCCACGCACACCGGUGGUCCAUUGUCUUUUCGCGAGACUCAAGCGCGCCUUGGUAAAAGUGGAAAGGCUUCUGACUUGUACUCUUUGUACACACACACAUACGAAGAAACAUGAUGGGAAGACCUUCGUCAAUAAGAAGGCAGAAGAAGUAUCACAAAACUACGUAGCCAUGCAGGAGGCAGUUCGUGAAGAGGGCUUAAAUGUGACACCUGACGAGAUUUUUCUAUCU